ACAUAUUUACCAGAUUGUUGCUGCUGCGCGCUGCACCGUCAAAUUUUUCGGACCAGUAACCACUAACCAGUGAGUCAGUGACCAUUCAUUCUGCGUCUGCGAGUCUCCGAAAGAGGAGCCGAGUAGGUAUCCGCAAUUCCAGUCUCGCAUUAUUUAUUGACAGAUGACAAUGGCUACUCUCCAGCCUAAGGACAUACGCGCGCUACGUCAAAUUUCGCGUUCAACGUAGAUAUAUUAGCGACAAUUGGAGACUGAAACGAAGCGUCGUGACUCUCGAAAACAGAUGUGAAGGUUUCUGAUUAAAAGGAGUUUAGUACUUGUAGUGAGUAGAAACAGAAGAGCCCAUAAGGAUUGAAAGGCGUACAAAUAAUACCAGCGCAAACACAACUCAGGACAUAUGGAAGGUGGCGUAAUGGAUAGUCCAGAUACUACUCACAGCAGGUCCGAGGAUGACCCUGCAUUGCAAGGAUGUUUCAGUCCAAAGAAAACACCUUUUAGAUUCCUUGGUCUGGCACUUAUGUGCUUGCUGGGAUUUGGUUCAUAUUUCUGCUAUGAUAAUCCUGCAGCGCUCCAAGAUACAUUUAAAACUGAUCUAAAUAUGCCAACUAAAAAAUUUGUUCUGCUGUAUUCAAUUUACUCUUGGCCAAAUGUAAUUCUAUGCUUUAUUGGUGGAUUCCUGCUUGAUAGUGUAUUUGGAAUAAGAUGGGGAACCAUCAUAUACAUGGCACUAACAUUGGUUGGUCAAUUAAUUUUUGCCAUGGGAGCCUACGCAAAUACUUUUUGGCUAAUGAUGGUUGGGAGAUUUGUUUUUGGCAUUGGAGCAGAAUCAUUAGCAGUUGCUCAAAACAGCUAUGCAGUUCUUUGGUUCAAGGGUAAAGAGCUGAAUAUGGUCUUUGGACUGCAAAUGAGUUUUGCCAGAGUGGGGUCGACCGUUAACUUUUUAGUAAUGGAAAAUAUUUAUGCAUAUGUCUCCAAAACUCUGGGUUACACAGGUCCCCAAUGUAUAGGAGCUGUUUUAUUUCUUGCUGCUCUGACCUGUGUAGGCUCAAUGCUUUGUGCUCUCUUUUUGGGACUCAUGGACAGUCACGCAGAAAAAGUAUUGAGACGCAACGAAGGCCAGGAACCUGAAAUUGUCAGGCUCACAGAUGUUAAAGAUUUCAAGAGUGUAUUUUGGCUAGUGGCAUGGAUAUGCGUAGCUUACUACAUAGCCAUUUUCCCUUUCAUUUCAUUGGGAAAAGUUUAUUUUAUACGAAAAUACGAGUUUGAGCCAGCAGUUGCCAAUACUGUCAAUUCGCUGGUUUAUAGUAUUUCUGCUAUUGCAUCUCCCCUAUUUGGAUUAUUGGUUGACAAAACUGGAAAGAACGUCCUAUGGGUUAUAAUCAGUAUCAUUGGCUCGCUGUUUGCUCAUGGAUUGCUUGCAUUCACCUAUGUUAGCCCUUAUGUAUGCAUGGUCAUUCUGGGAUUGUCUUACUCAAUGCUUGCAAGUAGUCUGUGGCCUCUCAUUGCUUUGGUAAUUCCUGAACAUCAGCUUGGCACAGCAUAUGGAAUAGCUCAAGCACUUCAAAAUUUGGGUCUGGCGGUGACGUCUAUAGUUUGCGGAAUCAUUGUCGAUACCCACGGCUACUUUAUGCUCGAAAUGUUUUUCCUUGCAUGGCUUUGGAUAUCUCUAAUUACUGCAGUUGUAAUUUGGAUAUCAGAUUCAAAUACGACUGGUGGUUUUCUCAAUAUGUCUCCUAAACAGCGCGAGCAUUAUGAGCAAAAUCCUUGCGUACCUGAGAUCACGGAAAGAGAGAAGCUAUUAGCAGGUGGCGGUGGUUCCACCUCGGACCUAUCAGGUGAUGAUCUGCUGCAACCACAAUCGGAUACACGGAUGAGAAAUCGCUACCUGGCACGAAUCGGUGCAGAGACUCCAGUUCACGUAAAGGGCACUACAUAUCGUGCUCUGCGAUGAUGAAUUGUAUUUUCUUACAUAUUAAGAAAGAUCGAUAGAAGGAGAUAUAUCUUAUAUAAGAGCGGAUGCCGAGACCUGUUUUAUCAGGCACUUAUAUGUUUGCAGUGUACCUGAAUAAUUAUUUCACUAAAGAAUCUGCAUGAGUGUACAUUUCAAGUUACGUAAUUUUCGUUGUUUGAUUUUUAGGAUAAAAGUUAGCCUUCUAAAAAAUGCGAAAACUUGUUUAGUAUUUCUGAAACAAACAACGAGGAUAAUCGCGUUGAUGAAUAGCGAAAAUGCAAAAGGUCUUAGAACGAUUGUAGAUUUUGGAAAGAUAGUAUAACGAUAAUAAUAAUAAUAAUUACUUUGGUAUGUUGCAAAAGAAUAUGCGCUGAUGCAGGUAUUGGAUGAUAAGGUCUGAAAGCCUCUUAUGGGUCUAUAAAUUCAAAAUGAUGAAUUUUCUCACUGUGUCUUCCUAUCGCACAGCAUGUAUCUGUGAUGUAUCAUUAGCUUAACAAAAGUAUGAAAUGAAAAGAUGAGUUUUACUGACGAAGGUGCUUUUAACCAAAGCAUGCAUAGACAAUUAUGUUGAAUCAAGUGUUGUAUAACAAUGAUCUGGGUCCAGAAAGGCGUUUUAUCUUUUAUAUUUAAUAUGUAUAUUUAAUCACGUAAACGAUGUCUUUCGUGUAUAUCGCGACUAAUUCUAAUAGCAAAAUGUUUGUAACGAUCUGCAUAUAAUUAUGUUGACAACAAUUUAAUUAAAUAUAUAUAUAUAUAUAUAUAUAUAAAAUGUGUUAUCUAAAUUCAGUGUGUUCAAACGGUGUUACACAAUAUUAUAUGUACAAUAUAUCAGAAAAGGAUUGCGCUUGAUUAACAGAGACACAAAGACAAAGAGAAGAAGAAUUAUAAUAAUUAUGAUAAUGAUAUAGAAGAAUAAUUAACAAUGGAUGGAUAAAUAAUCGUUAAAUUGAUAAUACUAGAUAAAUGAAUUUACAUUAUUAUAUUAAAUAAAUGUUGUCCACUGUUCAUAGA